AUGGAUGAUAUGCACAAGUGUUUGGGGAGAACUUCGCCGGAGGACCAGACCGAGUUGGGGCCGCUGUGGGCCCGGGAGAAGGACCAGACCGAAGUGGUGACGCUGCGGUCCCUGGUAGAUGGGCAGACCGAUAUGGGGCCGCUGCGGUCCCGGGUGAAGGACCAGACCAGGCUGGGGCCGCUGCAGGCCCGGGUGGAGGAGCAGUCCGGGCUGAUUGGGGUGUUAAAGCAGAGGUCCGACCAGGCGCGUCUCCGCUGCCAGGCGCUGCAGAAGGUCAACGAGGAGCUGGAGGCUCGAGGGGCAGCCGCUCAGAAAGAGCUGGACUCGGAGAGGGCGAGGGUAAGGCUGUUGGAGAAGAGGUUUAACGACCUGGCCGUGAACCAUCAAGGGAUUGUUGUGUUCAAAGAUGACUAUAAAAGACACAACUUCCAGCUUUUAGAGGAAAACAAACUUUUAAGGUCAGAGAAUGAGGCGCUCUUUUCACAGAAAUUACUAGAUCAAGAGACUCUAAUAGGUAAACUGCGACAAGAUAUUCACCUGAAUGAAGAGAAACACGAAGAUAUGGAAAAGUACUUGAGGGACCAAGAAGCUGAAUGGAAGGCAAAGAUGUUAAAACAGAAAUACCUUACACAAUGGCAGGAAGCAGCACAGUUAAAAAGACUUCAUGACACCCAGGACAGUCUUAAAUCAGCAGAGGAUAUGUGUAAAGAUCUGAAGCACCAGCUACAAGAGGCAGCAGAUGGACGUGCUUUGACGGAGACCGAAAUGAAGCAGACGAUAAACAGCCUCUGUGCAGAAAAAGACAUCUUCAUAAAUCUGUCGGUCGAAAGAGGAAAAGUCUUACAGGAAAAGCAAGAGAAAAUUCAGCAGUUGGAGAUUAAGUUGGAAGAAGUGGAAAAGGUGAAGACCAGAGCAGAGAACAGGUUCAAGCAGGAAGCAGAAGCGGUCAACAUUAACGUGAAGGUUAUGAAUCUCCAACGUGCUUUCGAUGAGGCAGUGAAGAAAAACGAGAAGGCCAGAGAGGUUGGUUACAACAGAACAACUUUACUGUUUUAUCAAGGAAAUAUAUUGUAUAGCCUUGAAAGCAUGUGUGUGAUUAUUCCAUAGAACUUUGAAGCCUACAAAGACCACAGCGCCUACCUA